CUCUCCCGCCCGCGCGCUCUCCCUCCGCCCGCCUCCCUCCUCCGGCCCCCUCCACGCGGCACAGGGCGGGGGGUGCCGCGAAACUCCGACCUGAACGGCUCGGACUUGCACAGUGUCCUCGGGGCUCAGGGGCCGAGCGCACGCAGUCACAAGCGCAGCUCUCUGCCUCCUGCCAGUCUCGCCUGCGAUCCUGGCCCGGGGCUGUGGCGUCGGUUCGGACCAAGGCAGCCAGAGCCCUCGCAGGAGCCGGACCACCGUCAGAGGAGCUCGGACGGCAUGCUGAGCCCCCUCCUCGACUGAAGCCCGCGUGCCCAGAAGCCCGGGCCAAGCAAGUGCAGGCUAAGGAGACCCAGGAGGCGAAGGCGCGAGCCGGUGGCAGCGCAGCAGCGGAGGAGCAAGAGGAGGCGAAGGCAGAGAGGGGCCCCCCAAAGAAGUGGUGGUGGUGGGCGUCGUGGCCAUGGCGGCGGCUAUCGCCAGCUCGCUCAUCCGGCAAAAGAGACAAGCCCGCGAGCGCGAGAAAUCCAAUGCCUGCAAAUGUGUCAGCAGCCCCAGCAAAGGCAAGACCAGCUGCGACAAAAACAAGUUAAAUGUCUUUUCCCGGGUCAAACUCUUUGGCUCCAAGAAGAGGCGCAGAAGGAGACCAGAGCCUCAGCUUAAAGGUAUAGUUACCAAACUAUACAGCCGACAGGGUUACCACUUGCAACUGCAGGCAGAUGGAACCAUUGAUGGUACCAAAGACGAGGACAGCACUUAUACUCUGUUCAACCUCAUCCCUGUGGGUCUUCGAGUGGUGGCUAUUCAAGGAGUUCAAACCAAGCUGUAUUUGGCAAUGAACAGCGAGGGAUACUUGUACACCUCGGAACAUUUCACACCUGAGUGCAAAUUCAAAGAAUCAGUGUUUGAAAAUUAUUAUGUGACAUACUCAUCAAUGAUCUACCGUCAGCAGCAAUCAGGCCGAGGGUGGUAUCUGGGCCUGAACAAAGAAGGAGAGAUCAUGAAAGGCAACCACGUGAAGAAGAACAAGCCCGCAGCACAUUUUCUGCCCAAACCACUGAAAGUGGCCAUGUAUAAGGAGCCGUCUCUGCACGAUCUCACGGAGUUCUCCCGAUCUGGAAGUGGGACCCCUACCAAGAGCAGAAGCGUCUCCGGUGUGCUGAAUGGAGGCAAAUCCAUGAGCCACAAUGAAUCAACGUAGCCAGUGAGGGCAAAACGAGGGCUCUAUAACAGAACCUUACCUCCAGGUGCUGUUGAAUUCUUCUAGCAGUCCUUCAUCCAAAAGUUCAAACUUAUCAGUGAGGUUUACCAAACAUACAGGCAGCGUUCCCUGUUCUAUCUGCCAUUACACCUUGUUAACAUCCAUACAAAAGCCCCAUAAUUUAGAUUGAGCUUGUGCAAAAAAAUGCCAAGCAUUAUCAAUGAACUAAAUCUGGAAGAAGGACUGCCAAAUUUUCUCAUGAUCUCACCUAUACUUUGGGGAUAACACAGCAAAAAAUAUUUCACAGCACUAACGCUGGUCAAUUUGCAUCCCAACUAAGAAAAUUUAAAAGACCACAAUCAUUCUUUUAAAAACAACAACAAAAUAAAAUUAACUGCUUAAAUGUUUUGUAGGGGCAAAUGAA